UAAAUCGCAAAUCUUCAAUAAAAUUCAAGAAGCAAACAAGCUUUUAGCGAAGCUCUUUGCUUUGUAUUCCCUCAUUAUCAGCAAUUUGUAUGGAGAAUUUUUACGGACUCGUAAAAUCAAAAAUUUUCCCAUAUAAAAAGACUCCGCGGAAGGCUUUUGGCGUUCAGAUGGUGAAGAAGUAUGUGCCAAGAGGCAGGUCAAGAAGUGUUAAAGUUUAAAUAAAUGUUGUUCAGAAUGAAGAACUUUACUUUUGUUCUGAGUAUUCUUACUCUUAUUACCGGAAGUUAUGCAGCAUAUGGCAGAAGUUCUGUUGUUGAAGAAAUCUUUCGAUGGAAGCAGAUUUCCUAUGAAAAUCUUCCUCAAUCAGAAAACUCCUAUGUGGGCCCAUAUAGGUAUUACAUACCUGAGAACAAUAAUAUGGCCUCAAUGGCUUUUCAUCCGGCAAGUGGAUUAAUGAUUGUGAACGUUUUCCGCAUAAGACCAGGAAUUCCAGCAACUUUGGCUGCAUUUUGUGUGCAGGAUUACAGUACAGGAUCAAGUCCGAAACUUUGGGGCUUUCCCAACUACGAAGUUAAUACUUUGAGUGCUUCGGACUUUGAUGCAAGACGCUUCUUUGAGAAUUCUUGGAGGACAGGACAUAAAAAACCGAAUAAGCAUCAUAAUAACUACUACGGGCAGAAUAAUUAUCAGAAUAAUUACCAGAAUAAUUACUACGGAGGACAUGGUGGGCAUGGAGGACAUCACAAUAAUUACUACGGAAGCUACCCUAGCUACUACCAGAAACCCUAUUAUAAACCAACCCCUUCAGCAAUAACCACUACUCAAAAACCAAAGAAUUCCUUAAGAAUUGUCUCAACUUACACAGCAUCAGUAGAUGAGAAAUGCAACAGAGCUUUCACAAUUGACGUUGGUUUGCUCAAUUAUUACAACAAUGAUACGCGAGUCAUUCAAAAACCUGCAAUUUUGGUCUUUGGUCUUGCACAAGAUUGCUGCCAGACGAGGGAAUUCCCAUUGAUAAGGAGAUCAGAAAUUCCUGAUGAUGUAGCCGGGCCGAUUCCCUUUGGAACACUCUUCUUAAAAUUGGAUUAUCAAUCCAGCGAUUGCGAUGAUCUCUUUAUCUACAUCACGAACCCCUUCUCCAAUCAAAUAAUUGUCUAUGACUACAAAAAUGACGAUUUCUGGACAUUCACAAGUCAUCCAACUUUCGCCCCAGUUAUUGCUGAAUCUCAUUUGGUGUACGAUAAGACUUUCUUCUAUGAUCUCCCGCUGGGCGUUGUGGGCAUUGCCUUGGGAUAUGCCGAUGAGUACGGGGAUAGGCCAGCUUACUAUUUCCCAGGAUCGAGUACAGCUCAAUUUGCCGUAUCAACGGAAGUCCUGAAGGAUAAAAGAAAAGCUCCAACAAAUUAUGAUCCUGAUGAUUUUGCCAUAAUGGGAUAUCGUGGAUGUGAUCAUCAAGCUGCCAAUGCUGCCAUUGACUACACAUACGGAGUUAUGUUUUAUGCUGAGAUGCAAUCGAAUAGCAUAAGAUGCUGGAACAUGAAGAAACCCCUAAAUCCCGAUAAUAUUGGCGUUGUCUAUGAAUCUGAUAUAUUACUCUACAGUAUAGCGAUAUUCAUUGAUUCUCGCGGAUAUUUGUGGUUCAAUACAGGCAGCUUACCCAUAAUAUUCCUCACGGAUGAUCCUCUUAAUCUCAAUGAGUACAACAAUAGAAUUUUCAGAGUUAAAGUUUCAGACGCAAUAAGAGGGACUGUUUGUGAAGAUGAAGAAGAUAGCUACAGGCUUGCAGAUUUAUACAAUGAUUAUGAUCAUUGAGGGCCAAAUGCGGUUCAAUUAAAGCCCUUUUGAGACAUUAAAAGGGGUUUAAAAUUAUCAAACAAAACAACAUUUUGUUACAGAAAUAUUGAGAUCAAUGUUAAAGUUGAAGAAGUUGAAGAAAUAAAAUGAUUUUAUCAAAAA